AUGUUGAAUGAUAUAGACGUUCCACCGGCGGUCUGUGAUGACAAACGGCCCAUGUCAUCGACUGCCCAGCUUCCGCAACAACAGUCCACUCCUUCCAGGCUUCUGAGGAUCCUUCCAUUUGACCCUCGUGUCUUUGGGGAACGUUCAGACAGUCCUACUUACCGUUUUCUGCCUAGUCCUCUCCUGGGACGUUUUGGGAGGAACCUAUUUACUUCACCAAUAGUUAUAGCGCUGCAACAGUUGGACACCAAUUUGGAGUUCCGAUCUCUCUCUACCAGCGCAAUUCAAACUCCUAACUUGCUGUAUUUGGCACAAGUGCCGCAGAUAUCCAAAUUGCCGGUCAUCAAUGGCGGAACUGCAACUGCGUAG